AUGCAACGAUCUCAUGCUCGUUCCAGUUUGAAACACAAACCAGAGAUGGAUCAUCUCAACGUUCACGCUCGACCUGGCCAACGAUCAUCGCCGUCGUCGUCGAUCGCUAAACCCAAGUCGAAACCAACGAAAUCGAUUAUCCUCUUAAUCAUCGCUUCCGUUGCUAUCGCUUUGGGGUUAUUGUCUGCUUGCUAUUCAAUUUUACUCUCCGGUAGGAAUCGGAGAAGCUCGCCCCGGUACAGCGUCGUGAUCGACGGCGGGAGUUCGGGGACCCGAGUUCACGUUUUCGGGCAUCGGAUCGAAUCCGGGAAACCUGUUUUCGAUUUCGGUGGGGGGAAUUACGCUAGUUUGAAAUUGAGUCCUGGUUUGUCGGCGUACGGUGAUAAUCCGGACGGAGCAAGCGUCUCAGUGACGGAGCUGGUGGAAUUCGCCAAGGGGAGAGUUCCGAAAGGAAUGUUGAAGGAGAGUGAUAUUAGGUUGAUGGCGACUGCUGGGAUGAGAUUGCUUGAAGCAAAUGUUCAGGAACAGAUUCUUGAAGUUACAAGAAGAGUUCUUAGAUCUUCUGGGUUUAAGUUUCGAGACGAAUGGGCUUCUGUUAUCUCUGGAUCUGAUGAAGGUAUAUAUGCUUGGGUUGUUGCCAAUCAUGCGCUUGGUUCUCUUGGAGGUGAUCCCUUGCAAACAACGGGGAUCGUUGAGCUCGGCGGGGCUUCUGCUCAGGUGACAUUUGUGUCAAGUGAGUAUGUGCCUCCUGAGUUCUCGCGUACGAUAUCCUAUGGAAAUGUUUCAUACAAUCUCUAUAGCCACAGCUUCCUCCACUUUGGACAGGAUGCAGCACAUGAAAAGUUAUUGGAAUCACUUCACAACUCAGCUGCAAACUCUACAGAGGAAGGAAUAGUGACUGACCCUUGUACUCCUAAAGGAUACAUCCUCGACAAAAAUUCACAUAAGGAUUUAUCCGGAUUCUUAACUGAAGAAAGCAGAUUUACAUCCUCAGUUCAAGCUGCUGGUAACUUCUCAAAGUGCCGAUCCGCUGCAUUCGCCAUGUUGCAGGAAGGAAAAGAGAAAUGUCCGUAUAAGCAUUGUUCUAUUGGAUCAACAUUCACACCUAAUCUUCAAGGAAGUUUUUUGGCUACAGAGAAUUUCGUCCACACCUCGAAGUUUUUUGGGUUGGGAGAAAAGGAUUGGCUGUCUGAAAUGAUUUUAGCCGGCAAGAGAUUCUGUGGAGAGGAUUGGUCAAAGUUGAAAGCGAAAUAUCCAACAUUUAAAGACGAGAAUUUGCUUCGGUAUUGCUUCUCAUCAGCAUAUAUUCUCUCGAUGCUUCACGAUAGUCUUGGUUUUGAUCUUGAUGAUGAAAGAAUCGGGUUUGCGGAUAAAGAAGGAGAAGACAUACCUCUAGAUUGGGCAUUGGGAGCUUUUAUACUAAACACUGUGACGGCCACUUCUGAUUACAGUGGUAAAUCUAGAAAAAUUCUUUGA